GUGCAGCCGUAGCUGGACACGGCCAGAGCACUGAGAGAUAUCAGGUAUUGCUGUAACUGGAGUAAAUAAAGGAACCUUCUUCCUGAGCACAGACAUUGGAGCCUGUUAUCAGUAUGAACUCAGAUGUGUUAGUCUUAUUUUUCUUUAUUCCAUUUCUUUUUAUUUAGACAAACACUUGAAUAGUUCAUAUCCAUCCUUCACUACAGAAAGCAUCAGAAUGAUUCCGCAAACUCCAAAAAUCUUAGACACCAAUGACUAUUCACAAACAUUGGGGAUAUCACAAAAGAUAUUAAAAGAUGAUGGUGAAUUGGCAGGAACUGGGCAGCAGUCAUUAUGUACAGAGAGUGAUUUAGUCAUCAAACAAGAGGAAAACAUCUAUGAAAUUAUUAUCCCAGAGGAUAAUCCACACACAUUUACUGAUUUUUCAAAACAUAUUAAAGAAGAAAAAAGUCUACAGUCUAACCAAGUGAUUCAUACAAAGGAGAAACCUUUCGAAUGUACAGAAUGUAAGAAAAGUUUUAGAUGGAAGUCUCAUCUACUAGAACACUACAAAAGUCACACAGACAAACACUUGAAUAGUUCAUAUCCAUCCUUCACUACAGAAAGCAUCAGAAUGAUUCCGCAAACUCCAAAAAUCUUAGACACCAAUGACUAUUCACAAACAUUGGGGAUAUCACAAAAGAUAUUAAAAGAUGAUGGUGAAUUGGCAGGAACUGGGCAGCAGUCAUUAUGUACAGAGAGUGAUUUAGUCAUCAAACAAGAGGAAAACAUCUAUGAAAUUAUUAUCCCAGAGGAUAAUCCACACACAUUUACUGAUUUUUCAAAACAUAUUAAAGAAGAAAAAAGUCUACAGUCUAACCAAGUGAUUCAUACAAAGGAGAAACCUUUCGAAUGUACAGAAUGUAAGAAAAGUUUUAGAUGGAAGUCUCAUCUACUAGAACACUACAAAAGUCAUACAGACAAACACUUGAAUAAUUCAUAUCCAUCCUUCACUACAGAAAGCAUCAGAAUGAUUCCGCAAACUCCAAAAAUCUUAGACACCAAUGACUAUUCACAAACAUUGGGGAUAUCACAAAAGAUAUUAAAAGAUGAUGGUGAAUUGGCAGGAACUGGGCAGCAGUCAUUAUGUACAGAGAGUGAUUUAGUCAUCAAACAAGAGGAAAACAUUUAUGAUAUUAUUAUCCCAGAGGAUAAUCCACACACAUUUACUGAUUUUUCAAAACAUAUUAAAGAAGAAAAAAGUCUACAGUCUAACCAAGUGAUUCAUACAAAGGAGAAACCUUUCAAAUGUACAGAAUGUAAGAAAAGUUUUAGAUGGAAGUCUCAUCUACUAGAACACUACAAAAGUCACACAGGUGAGAAACCACACACAUGUACUGAGUGUGGUAAAUGUUUUACACAAAUGGGUAAUCUGAAAACUCAUAAAAAGAGUCACACAGGAGAGAAGCCUUUCACAUGUAUAGAGUGUGGAAAAAGUUUUACACACAAGAGUGAGCUGAAAAUUCAUGAAAGGAUUCACACAGGAGAAAAGCCUUUCACAUGUAUAGAAUGUGGAAAAUGUUUUACACAAAUAAAUAGUCUGAAAACUCAUGAAAUGAGUCACAAGGGAGAAAAGCCUUUCACAUGUAUACAGUGUGGAAAAAGUUUUACAGAAAAAAGUAAUCUGAAAACUCAUGAAAGGAGACACACAGGAGAAAAGCCUUUUACAUGUACAGAUUGUGGAAAAAGUUUUACAGACAAAAGUAAUCUGAAAACUCAUGAAAAGAGUCACACAGGAGAAAAGCCUUUUACAUGUACAGAUUGUGGAAAAAGUUUUAAACAAAUAAAUAGUCUGAAAACUCAUGAAAGAAUUCACACAGGAGAAAAGCCUUUCACAUGUACAGAGUGUGGGAAAUGUUUUACACAAAUAAAUAGUCUGAAAACUCAUGAAAUGAGUCAUACAGGAGAAAAGCAUUUCACAUGUACAGAGUGUGGAAAAAGUUUUACAGAGAAAAGUAAUCUGAAAACUCAUGAAAGGAUUCACACUGGAGAAAAGCCUUUCACAUGUAUACAGUGUGGAAAAAGUUUUACAGACAAAAGUAAUCUGAAAACUCAUGAAAGGAGUCACACAGGGGAAAAGCCGUUCACAUGUACAGAGUGUGGGAAAUGUUUUACACAUAAGAGUAGUCUGAAAACUCAUGAAAGGAUUCACAAGGGUAGAAACCUUUCACAUGUUUAGAAAGUGGGAAAAAAGGUUUUUAUUUAAAUCAGGUAUCACAAAACGCUAAAUAUUUACACACAAACUUUAUAUACACAGUGUACAAACCUUUUUACAAUUUAUCCUAAAAAGGACAAACUCUCUAAAUAGAAGCAUCAAAAAGGAUCCUAUUGUAAAUAUUACUUUUAAUCCCAGUUAUGAAAGCCUCAGAUUGGAAGUGCUCUCCUGCUGUCCUCUGUGCCCCUAUAUAUGUGCGCCUCAGUUUCUCUCAUAUCAAUGUGAUAGAAUACAAACACCACACAGGAAUAUACAAAUCUGCCCUCAUACUGACCAGUUAACACAACCAUUCAACACCAAAGCACCCCGGUGUUGUUUAUUAAUAUGCCAGUGUUAGAAGUUUGUUUUACAUAGGGGAGAAAAUAAUUACAUUUACAGAAUAAAGGAGUCUUUAUAUGAAUAGAGUGUUAGUGAAUUAAAUAAACAAGAACAUCAGUCUCAAAUGAUUGACAUCUGGGAGAUAUAUUUAAUGUGCACAUCAUGUGGAUAAACCUUUUCUUAUAGCAACAGAUGCUUAGCAUUGUACAUGUUAUAUGCCAGAGGAAUUACUGAGGGGAAACUGAUUUUUUUAAAUUUUUAUUUUAUUGAAGAGCAGGUUCAAAUAUACAUCUAUAAAAGAACAAUACAAUAACAAAGGACAUAAGACUGUACAUAAAUAUCAGCCAGUUAUACAACAAGGACUGGCGGCAAAACUAAUCCCAAAACUUAUACAGUGUUCAGUAGAGUUAAAAAUGUGUUAUAUAGCUAAAUCAAUAAAGAACAAAAGAGAAUAUUCUUAAUAAAUACAGUUCCGAAGAUGACAGGCGGGAAAUGAGGGGUCACGGUGUAGUGUGAUGAAUGGGGUAUAUGGGGGGGGGAGGAAGAAAAAAAAGGGGGGGUCUCAGAAACAGCAAUUAGAAGUCAAAGUCAGUCAGGGUAUAUCUCAUUCCAUGGGGACCAGGUCUCUUGGUAAAAGUCCACUCUAUCUAAGAUUCUAUGGGAGUAUAGUUCCAUCUGUUUGAUAUAAUGGACUGUAGUGAGUACUUGAGAUAUAGGAGGUGGCUCCUUGUGUUUCCACAUUCUGGCGAUCGUUAGUUUUGUAGCCAUAAGGAGGUAUAUUACUAGGGCUUCUCUAGAAGGCGUCAAAUUUGGGGUAUGCAUGUGAAGUAGUGAUAUCUCUGGUUUGAAUGGGAGGACAAUGUCUAGUCUGUGAAGUAUUCUAAAAAGCUUCUGCCAGAGUGGUUGGAUCUUAGGACAAGACCACCACACAUGUAAGGAGGUCCCUAACUGUUCACAGCCUCUCCAGCACAAGGGAGAUUGAGUGCCAUAUAUCCUAUGCAGGGUAGAAGGUGUCAAGUGCCAUCGAACAAGGAUUUUGUACUGUAGCUCCCAAAGAGUAGUACAGUGUAGAAGUUUUUUAGUUACAGUGAUACGUGUAUGCCAUGUACCAUUAUCUCUCUUUCCCAGGCUCUAUGUUGGGCAAUUUUAUGAAGUGUGGUGGGUUCAAGGAGGAGAUCGUAGUGAAAAGAUAGGGCAUGCAUAAGGACUUUUCCUUGGGUCCAUUAAGUCUCCCAUUUCGAUGGUGGCCUUAAGUUUUUCCCAGGAUAUACCCAUGAUUUCAACCAUGUGCGGAGACGAAAAGUGGGUGAUUUCGAAUUUUGCACAGAACUGGGUAUGUGUGAGCCAUUGGCUUUGGUCAUAGAGGUCCAUUGCCAGUAUGGGAGCGAGUCUUCGCCAGGACAAGAGAUGAGAGUCCGGGAGACAAUAGAGGGCACCGCUCAUAGUAAGCGCAGGGGAGGGGUGUGGAGCCAAAUCCGGGUUGUGUCUUGUCUGACCCCAGAACUGGAGGGCAUCCAAAAUUAUUGGGGAUAAGUUAGCUAGCUUUUCCCUAUAGUAAGGGGGGAUCCACAAAAGUCCUAACAGGAGUAUCGACAAUUCUGCAUCAAACCACAGAGGGUGAUCAUCUGUAAGACUCCAGCUGAACAAAUGUGAUAGUCUAGCCGCUGUAUAGUAUAACAUUGAGGAGGGCUAAACCCCCAUGUGUAAGUGGCCUCUGGAGUGUGGUUCUAGAAGUUCUGGGUUUAUUAUUUCUCCAUACAUAAGCAGUAAUAAGACUUUGUAGCUUAUUUAACAGGGUCUAGGGAUGUUAUAUGGGAUGCAUCUAAACAGGUAUGUAAGUUUGGGGAUAAAAGACAUCUUUAUCGCAGCUAUUCUUCCUGUCCAUGAGACCUCUCUGAACUCCCAAGAGGAAUGGAGGUUCCGAAAUUCUGAUAGCCUGUCUGUGAAGUUUUCCGUAGUUGUGGUUUCUGGAUCGGGUCUUAAAAACAUGCCUAAGAUCUUAAUAUCAUGCGCUUUCCAUUGGAAGUGGUAGAGGUUUUUCUAGGUGAGUCAGUUCCUGAGAGGAGACAUUUAAAUGUAAGGCUUCCGUUUUAUUGAUGUUUUAUUUGUAAUAGCUUAGCUGACCGAAAUGUUUAAGUAGGUCAAAUACAGCGGGUAGUGAGGUAAUUGAGGAAGUGAGAAAUAAAGUAAAGGGAAAUACUAUGGGAAGAAGUUGCUAAUUGUUCCCUGGAGAUUUGGGGAUUCAGUCUAAUCUCUUGUGCUAAGGGUUCUAUCACUAGUGCGAAAAGAAGGGGUGAAAGUGGGCAGCCUUGUCUGGUGCCAUUGGUUAUAUGGAAGGGAUCUGACCUAAAUCCCACUCCCUUUACUCUAGCUGAAGAGGAAGAGUUUAAACCCUGUAUUGCCCGGAUAAAAGUGUCUGGGAUAUUAAAGGCUUGCAUCGUAAUCCAAAGAAACUCCCACCUCACCCUGUCAAAGGCCUUCUCGGCAUCUAAAGACAGGGUAAGGAAUGGGACUCCUCUACUUGCCAUGAUCGACAAGAUAUCAAGAAUCUGUCUGGUUGCGUCUGGUCCUUCCCACUGAAGAACAAAUCCCACUUGGUCAGAAUGGACCAGGGAGGAGAUGACUCUUGAAAGUCUAUUGGCGAGGAUUUUUGCAUAUAGUUUUGUAUCGAGAUUAAGGAGGGAUAUAGGGCGAUAGCUACCGCAUAGUUCAGGGGGUUUCCCUGGUUUUAAUAUUGUGGUGAUUGUAGCUUCUAGAAAUUCUCCAGCAAGGGAACCCUUCUUCAUUAUCUCUCCGAAAAAUUUACAAAGAAUCGGGGCUAUUAGUGGUUGAAAGGCCUUAUAGAAGUGGGCUGUAAAGCCAUCUGGGCCGGGGUAUUUACCUAAUUUCAUAUCCUUAAUUACAUUUUGUAUUUCUUCGAUAGUUAUCGAAUCGGUUAGUAUCAAAAAGCUAUCUGGUUAGAGAAGGGGUAGUUGAAGGGAGUUCAGAAAGAGUCUAAAAUCCGUUGGACUAGACGGGGGGUAAACCAGGUCCUCUUCGAUGUUAUAGAGGGUGUGAUAAUAGGAUUUGAAGGUGUCUCCAAUCUCCCUAGGUGAGUUAAUUGGCUUGCCAGCUGAACCUUUGAAGGUCAUGGUUCGGGCUUGCGCUAUACCAUUCCUAAGUUUGGCAGCUAAAAUUGAUGUGGCUUUAUUACUAUAGUGGUAGAAGAUUCUUUUAAAUUUCUCUAAUAUGCAAUGAGUUCUUUGAAGUUCUAACUCCUGGAUUUGUUUAGUAAUGACCGAGAUGUCAUGUAAUGUCGUACUAGAAUAAGAUGCGCUGAGAGAACGUCUAAGUGUUCGAAGCUGUGCAGAGAGAGUAGCUAAUGAGGUCCCUCUUUGUUUACGGGCUUCGGCGUCAAGAGUGAUAAAGUGGACUCUCAAGACAGAUUUGAGUGUAGCCCAGAGUACCUCAGUUGUAACCUGAGGGGUGUAGUUAAUAGUAAGGAAUUCUAUUAUUUUCUCUUGGAUACUAAUUUUAAGAACGGGAUCUGUGACUAGGUGGUUUUUCAGUUGCCAUAACGGGGGGGGGGUACAAGUUAAGUGUGGUCCCAUAGUCAUAGUUACAGCGUUGUGAUCUGACCACGCUACUACAGGUAUUUUAAUGAAACUGAUUUUAUUUCACGAGACACAAUAUCAGUAUCCGGUACAUAUGUGAUGAUGAUCAGUUUAAUUUAAUUGGCUACUAUAACCUACAUGUAUACUGGGUAUGUAAUAUGUGUGUCAUGUCCUGUAACUUGAUAUUAUGUCUGUUAGAUGUUUUCAUGUUAGUUAGAAGCCACAAGAACUGAUAAUAGCACAUACUGUAUAUAUAAAGGGAACGUUAUAUGUCUGAUAAAUCCCUUUGUAUCAAGAGCACAAGUGUUGAGUAUAUUUAUACCAUGUGUGCAUAUAUCAUGUAAUUCUGCUUUUUACUAUAUAAUGAUAUGUAAUGUUUUAAAUAAAAAGUGAUUAUAAUCCAGACAA